AAACAAAAUAGGGAAAAGAUAAAUUUAUUUUGAUCAUUGAAAUCCUCUCACAGCGAAGUAGAUUGAUCAUUCAUGGCGACUUCUGAUCUUCAAAACUUGAUGACCAAUGCUGAUAACUUAACAACGCUUAGUUUCACAAGGUGGAAUGCAGAUUGGAGAAAUGCUACUGUUCUUUAUGAGCAAGCUGCAAAUGGACUUAAAAUUGCUAAGGAUUAUGAGAGAGCAAAAAUAGCAUAUGAGAAAGCUUCUAAGGGACACGAGAUGCUUUCUUCACCUUGGGAGGCAGCUAAGAACAUGGAAUCUGCUGGGGCUAUGUCAAAGGAACUAAGAAACUGGACUGAAGUUGGAGACUUUUUUCGAAGAGCUUCUGAAUUGUACAUUGAAUGUGGGAGAUCACAACCUGCAUCAGAUGCCCUUGCAAAGGGAGCCCGUGCUUUGGAAGAUUCCUUGCCUGAAGAAGCUAUUAAGUUAUACACCGAUGCUUGUGAAAUACUUGAAGAGGCCGGAGUAGAACAAAUGGCCUUUGAUCUAUAUCGUGAUGCUGCUAAUGUUUACAUAAAACAUGAGAAGUUUACAGAUGCUGCAUCUUUCCUGCUGAGAUUAGGCUUAGCAGCUGACAAGUGUAAUGCUACUAAUACUCAGACGAAGGCAUACCUAAGUGCAAUUAUUGUCUCCCUUUAUGCUCAAGAUUUUAAACAAGCAGAGAAGUGUUACAAUGACUGCUCUCAGAUUGAUGGUUUUCUAAGAAGUGACCACGGACGUUGUGCUAGCAAACUUCUUACUGCAUUCAAGGACGGAGACAUCGAAGAAAUCAAACGUAUAACUCAAUCCAGUAUUAUUUCAAAUCUUGAUCAUAUGAUAAUUAGGCUUGCGAGAAAAUUGCCUAUGGGUGAUGUGAAUGCAUUAAAGACUGACAGGGACACUACCAAAGAAGAAGAGGAACCACUGGACGAAAACGAUCUUACUUGAACUUCAAUAUUGUUGAGAAAUUUUAAUCCCUUGCCCUAAACCACAUUAUAGAAAAGAAAAGAUUGGAAACCUCACUUUAUGAAUGAAUUAUUAGAGUUCAUUAUUUAGAAUUUUGCUGUAUUUGGUUUGAAUAAGUAAAAUAGUAGUUGAAUUUUGUUUUCUAACUUCAAUGCCAAGAAAGUACUCAAGGUCACCGAGUUGUUAGAGGGAAAAGUUCGGGGGCAGGUAUUUAGUAAUGAUGUGUAAUAGGCUUGAGGAAUUACUACUAGGUGUGAUCUUUGAAGUACAAACACCUCUAAGAGUAGGUGUGUCGCGGUGUCCGACACUUGUAUGAUAUGUGUGGAAAAAAUCUUACAAGUGUCAGAAAAGUCAAACAAGUGUCCCCAAAAAAUGAUUUUGUUUCUUUGUAUAACACACUUUGAAUUAGUGUUUGUCACUCGUAUGACACUCACGCAACACGUGUCGGACAAUUCAGACAAGUGUAUAAGUUUAUUGAUUUUUUAUUUGCUUCAACACUGCUUUUAUAUUUUUUGGACAAAUCUCUGGCAUGUCUAAAAAGGUUAAACAUGUAUCGCAGCAA